UUUCAAUAAAAGGACAAGACUUUGUUUUUCGUUUUGAAGGUAGAAAAAAAAUCAGAGGAGAACAACACACGUCUCAUAAGCACAACACCAUUACGCAACUCUCUCCUCUCUCUCUCUCUCUGUUCCAACUCCAAGAGAGAAUCCUUUGCUUUAACAGCAGAUUCUUUGGAUUACUGUAACGAAAAGAAUCUGGGUCUGGGUUGAUUUCUCUCACACCAGUCAACCCAAUUCAAGACUCAACUUAAAGGUUUUGCUGGAAAAUGGCGGCGCUAUUAGCUUCUCAGAGCUGCUGCUACGCCAGCGAGACAUCAAGAACCACCAAAGCUAUUGGUUUCAGUAGCUCUCUCGAGAAUCCUCUCACUGUGGAAUCCACUCACUCUUUUCUCACCAAGUCCAAGAGGUUCCGUAUUGAGAUGAGACAAUCAGAGACUCCUUCCAAGCCUGGAAUCAAUGGACGUUCAGUCAAAAUGGUUCCAUCCAGUGAGGUUGUCAAAAGGAAAGACGGUGUGAAUAACGUAAACAAAGUGAAUGGUUCAGCUGGAAAAGUUGUCAAUGGAUCGAGUUUGGUUACUAGUAGAAGAAACAUGAACGGUUCUGCUGCGUCUUCUUCAACUUUGGUUAAGCCUCCCACAAAGCAAAGAACAGAAUCUUUCCUUCCUCCACCUGUUGAAGGCGUUAGAGUUCUUCCUUCUGAUGAAGGUUUUAGCUGGGCUGAUGAGAACUACAGCUCGUUUCAACGCAGUGUUGAUGUUUGGUCGUUUGUUCUCGCCCUCAGGAUUCGUGUCUUGUUCGACAAUGCCAAGUGGGCUUACAUCGGAGGGUUCACAGAAGAAAAACAGAAAAGCAGAAGAAGAGAAACAGCUUCAUGGUUGAGAGAGAGUGUACUGCAGCUUGGACCAACGUUUAUCAAAUUGGGACAGUUGUCUUCAACUAGAUCCGAUCUGUUUCCUCGUGAGUUCGUUGAUGAGCUUUCCAAGUUGCAGGAUAGAGUCCCUGCUUUCUCUCCAGAGAAAGCAAGGCGUUUCAUCGAGACCGAGCUUGGAGCUCCUAUUAGUGUAAUGUAUAAAGAAUUUGAAGACCAACCCAUAGCUGCAGCUAGCCUUGGCCAGGUACACAGAGCUGUGUUGCACAAUGGAGAGAAAGUGGUUGUGAAAGUCCAAAGACCUGGACUCAAGAAACUCUUCGAUAUUGAUCUACGAAACUUGAAGUUGAUUGCUGAGUAUUUCCAGAAAAGUGAAACGUUUGGUACAAAUGACUGGGUUGGUAUAUACGAAGAAUGUGCCACGAUCUUGUAUCAAGAGAUUGACUACAUAAACGAAGCUAAGAACGCAGACAAGUUCAGAAGAGACUUCAGGAACAUAAGCUGGGUCCGAGUACCUUUGGUCUACUGGGAUUACUCUGCCAUGAAGGUCUUGACUUUGGAGUAUGUACCAGGUAUCAAGAUUAACAAGCUAGACGCCUUAGCUGCACGUGGUUAUAACCGUUCAAGAAUAGCAUCUCGAGCCAUUGAAGCUUAUCUUAUCCAGAUACUCAAAACGGGUUUCUUCCAUGCGGAUCCUCACCCGGGGAAUCUAGCCAUUGAUGUAGACGAAUCAAUCAUCUACUAUGACUUUGGCAUGAUGGGAGAGAUCAAAACAUUUACUCGAACGAGAUUGCUUGAUCUCUUCUAUUCUGUUUAUGAAAAAGAUGCCAAAAAGGUCAUGCAAAACCUUAUAGAUCUUGAAGCACUCCAGCCCACUGGAGAUCUUUCAUCGGUAAGGAGAUCUAUUCAGUUCUUCUUGGACAAUCUAUUAAGCCAAUCCCCAGAUCAGCAACAGACUUUGGCAGCUAUUGGAGAGGACUUGUUUGCAAUUUCACAGGAUCAGCCAUUCCGCUUCCCAUCAACUUUCACAUUUGUCAUCAGAGCAUUUUCCACACUUGAGGGUAUUGGUUACAUCCUUGAUCCAGACUUUUCCUUUGUGAAGGUUGCUGCUCCCUAUGCGCAGGAACUCCUGGAUUUAAAACAAAAGCAAAAUUCGGGAACUCAACUUGUCCAACAAAUAAGGAAACAGGCAGACGACGCUAGGUCUUCUACACUGUCCAUGCCAUCCCGAGUGCAGCGCAUAGAAGAGUUCGUUAAAGAACUUGAUUCAGGCGAUCUAAAACUCCGUGUCAGAGUUCUUGAGUCGGAAAGAGCAGCUAGGAAAGCGACAAUACUGCAGAUGGCGACAAUGUACACAGUAUUUGGAGGAACUCUGCUUAACAUUGGGGUUACGUUUAGCAACCAAGGAAGUCAGCUUGUUGCUAAUGGAUCCUUCGUUGGUGCAGGUAUAUUCAUGUUAUUGGUAUUGAGAUCUAUGCAAAGGGUAAAUAAGCUUGAUAAGUUUGAGAAGAUGAUAUGAUGAUGAUGAUUCUUUUGAAGCGCUCCCAAAAAAUCAAAUAUAGAAUUGUGAUGUAUAGCAGUAUAAAAAAUUAUAAAUGUAUAAAAAAGAAACUAUUUCAAAUAUUCAGAUAAAUAGAAAGUCAAAAGUGUAUCUGAAACA